AUGGCUGACGGCGCGUUCCCUGAGCGUGCCAGCGGGGCCCCCGACGCGUCGCCGGUUCUGGUGAUUCGUGCCAAGCGUCUCGUUGCAGACGGUAGCACGCUUUUGGAGCCUGGCGUGGCCGUCGUGCAGAAUGGCCUGCUCACAUGCGUUGCCUCCGCUGGGAGAGGGGAGCCCGCCGAGGUGUGUGCGGCCAUCGCCAAUGGCGCGCAGGUUCUCGAGACGGAGCUUCUGGUGCCUGGUUUCAUUGACAUCCACACGCACGGCAUUGGUGGCAGCGACGAGAUUCGCGAUUUCUGGCGGCACCCCGAGGUCACGCAGUCCAAGGUUGUGCGGUACGGCACCACCUCGCUUCUAGCCACAAUGAUUUUCCCUGCGAGUGGACCCAGCAUCCCGGCGAAGAAUGAGGUGUGCGCAGGGACCAAUGCCAAGGCAAAGCUGAAGUUCUGUGGUUGGUGCGCCGCCGAUGAUGGUUGUGUUUGUACAGUUGCAGGCCCACGUAUGGCUGAGGACGUGUUGGAGAUUGCGUCGACGCUGAAGUCGAUAAUUGGGCAGGUCGGCCAUGGAGCGGUGCUGGAGGGUAUUCAUGCUGAGGGCCCGAUCGUGGAGUCUCUUGGUGGACUGCCACUUGGCGAUGCGGAGAUGUCGCUUAAUGCGUUCCAAAAGUUGUUGGACCUGCUCGGGCCUGCGCUCAAGAUUAUGACCAUUGCCCCAUCAUGUGAGGCUCGUUCUACAACACCUUUUGAACGCAUGGAGCUACUCCUCAGUCGAGGCGUGCGGCCCGCGCUUGGCCACGACACCAGCUGCAGCCUGGAGGAAAUCGCUGGCGCAUUGAGAGUGGCCGCUGCUCACCACACUGUGCUGCAUGUGACGCAUACUUUCAACGUGCAGCGCUUCCAUCACCGGGAGUGCGGACUGGCAAAUGUGGCGCUACUGCCACGUUUUCCCCGUCUUCCAGUCUUCGAGGGUGUCACGCCACCGACCAUCGAGCUCAUCGGGGACGGCGUCCAUGCGGCAUUGCCUGUGCUGCAGCUCGCCCUUGCCAGCAAGCCCACGGGCACCGCAUGCUUCAUCACCGACGGUAUAUCCGAACCCGUGCUGGGCAAGGAAUCCAAGUACGCGGACAGGGUUGCUACAGUUGAACGUGAUGCGAACGGAGGGAUUGGUGUAUAUUCCGUGGGCGCCGACAGCGGUAAGAAGUUGCUCGUCGGGAGUUGCAUCAUGAUUCUCGAUGCCUUUCGGACAGCGGUCCAGGUGCUCGACGUCGGUUUGUGCCGUGCCGUGGACCUCUGUUGCUGCACGCCCGCGGCGGUGGCGAGGCUCCCGCACACGGGCUCGUUGGCACCCAGGAGGCGAGCCGAUCUCGUGCUGCUGGACGGCGACCUUGAUGUGUGCAAAGUGUUUGUCGCUGGCAGACUGGCAUACUCUCGCCGCGACUCUGGGGCCCCGUCUCUGUCAUUGGCCAAGCUCAAAGUGCGUGCCGAGAAGUGGCGCAGAAUGGCUCGCGUCCAGUACGGGCUGCGGGUCAAGCAGACGCCCAAGAAUGGCCGCCUGAAGGGGAAGCUCUCGACCUACAGGGCGGAGCUCCGCUCCGUGGGGCAGAGCCCCACGGAGGAUGACUCCAGCAAAGUUGAGGCUCCGCUCGCGCUGCUCGCCCUGUUCGACGGCCAGUCGUCCGCGGACGCGCGGGCGCCAGGGCCUCACGCGGCCGAGUGGUGCUGCAGGCACGUGCACACGAAACUCAUCAGGAACCUCAUCUCGCUGCCGCCGAACUCGGUGAACACGACGUUCCUGAAGGCGAUCCUGAUCAAAACGUUCGAGGACCUCGACCGGGAGCUCCUGGUCUCGCAGCCCGGCAUCCAGGACGGCUGCGGGGCGGCGCUAGCGCUGCUCGCGGGAGACCAGCUGCUGACCGCCGUGGUCGGCAGGUGCAGUGCCAUAGUUGUCGAGCCGGGCGAGGACGGAGAGGCCGUCGGCACUGGGGUCCUCCACAACCUGGGCAAGAACCAGGGCCGCUGCGACCUGCCCGGGGAGCAGUCCUGGCUGCGCCAGCACGGCGGCGUCGUUUUUCGCACGCAGAAACGGUGA